UUCGGGCAUGAGGGCGGCAGCUGCCUCGUGACCCUCUGGCGUGUCCCCCGAGGGCCGUGCUGGCCGCAGAGGCUCCAGCCCUCGGCCAGCUGCCGCCUGCCCGCGGCCUCACGGGUGCCGGCCGGGCUCGCGGAGAUCACAGUCCAUGGGGAUGCCCAGAGGAGGGACAGUGUCGGAGCCGCAGGCUGCUCCCAGCCCCCCGGAGAAGCCGCCCAGCACGGCGAUCCUGUGUCACACCUGCGGGAACGUGUGCAGGGGCGAGGUGCUGCGGGUGCAGAACAAGUACUUCCACAUCCAGUGCUUCAUCUGCAAAGCGUGCGGCUGUGACCUGGCCGAGGGCGGCUUCUUCGUGCGGCAGGGCGAGUACAUCUGCACGCAGGACUACCAGAGGCUGUACGGGACCCGCUGCUUCAGCUGUGACCGCUUCAUCGAGGGCGAGGUGGUGUCGGCUCUGGGCAAGACCUACCACCCCGACUGCUUCGUGUGCGCCGUGUGCCGGUCGCCCUUCCCGCCGGGGGACCGAGUGACCUUCAACGGCAAGGACUGCGUGUGCCAGAAGUGCUCCCUGCCCCAGUCAGUGGGCAGCAGCGAGCCCCUGUGCCAGGGCCUCUGGAGUUGCGGGGGCUGCGGAGCCGAGAUCAAGAACGGCCAGUCCUUGGUGGCCUUGGACAAACACUGGCACCUGGGCUGUUUCAAGUGCCGGACCUGCGGCAAACAGCUGAACGCGGAGUACAUCAGCAAGGAUGGGCUGCCCUACUGUGAGGCCGACUAUCACGCCAAAUUCGGCAUCCGCUGCGACGGCUGUGAGAAGUACAUCACGGGACACGUGCUGGAGGCGGGGGAGAAGCACUACCACCCUCUGUGUGCGCUCUGUGUCCGGUGCGGCCGGAUGUUUGCAGAAGGCGAGGAGAUGUACCUGCAAGGCUCUUCCAUUUGGCACCCAGCAUGUCGGCAAGCAGCCAGAACUGAAGACAAAAACAAGAUGCAGACCCAGGUUUCCCACCAGGCUUUUCCGGGCGCCACCCCCUACGCCUGUCAGGAAACCAGGACUUCCUCAGAGAGCAUCAUUUCUGUACCUGCUUCCAGCACCUCAGGGUCUCCGAGCCGCGUGAUUUAUGCCAAGCUGGGUGAUGAGAUCCUGGACUACAGAGACCUGGCCGCCCUCCCUAAGAGCAAGGCCAUCUACAACAUCGACCGCCCCGACAUGAUCUCCUACUCGCCCUAUGUCAGCCACUCGGUGGGGGACCGGCAGAGCUACAGCGAGGGGGAGCAGGACGACCGCUCCUACAAGCAAUGCCGGACCUCCAGCCCCAGCUCCACCGGCUCGGUCAGCCUCGGCCGUUACACCCCAACCUCGCGAUCACCCCAGCACUAUAGCCGUCCAGCUGGUACUGCGAGCGUCGGUACCAGUAGCUGCCUGUCCCUGUCCCAACACCCAAGCCCUUCUUCCGUGUUCAGACAUCAUUACAUCCCGUACUUCCGAGGCAGUGAAAGUGGCCGGAGCACUCCCAGCCUCUCCGUGCUCUCAGACAGCAAGCCUCCCCCCUCCACCUACCAGCAGGCUCCUCGCCACUUCCACGUCCCAGACACUGGCGUCAGAGACAACAUCUAUAGGAGGCCCCCCAUAUACAAGCAGCACGGUCCUGUAGCCCAGUCCCCCGUUUCCAAGCUCUCGGGUCUGAUGUCAGUCUUGUCGUUGGUGGUGCGCAAGGCAGGGUGCUCCCAAGGGCUAGAAGGUCUGAGCCCUCCGCAGGCUGCAGCUGCAAGGCGAUCAGAUGGGGAGGAUGGAGGUUUCGACCUGGAUAACAGGAAGCAGAAGACCAGCUGGCUGAUUCUCAAGGGUGAGGCAGACACGAGGACCAACUCUCCGGACCUAGACAGCCAGUCGUUGUCCCUCAGUAGCGGGACCGACAGAGGCCCUCCCCAGACAGUGCCAGGGGACAACUUCUACUCACGCAUGCCUCUUUCCCGCGCCUGGCCGAGCCUGGCCGCCUGCGUGACAGCUGUGCUGUGUCUGUUCCAGGGUUUCCCUAUUCCAAGUCUGACCCUGUCACAGGACAUGGCAAGAAUGGCUUGGACCACCGGAAUGCCAAUGUGGGCCCUGGUGGAGCAGACCCGGAUGCCGGCUGGGCCACGCGAGAUCUAUCCGUAUGACGCCCUUAUUGUCACAAACCGGAUCCGAGUGAAGCUGCCCAAGGACGUGGAUCGGACGAGACUGGAGAGACACCUGUCACCCGAGGAGUUCCGGGAAGUGUUUGGGAUGAGCGUGGAAGAGUUCGACCGCCUGGCCCUCUGGAAGAGGAAUGACCUCAAGAAGAAAGCCCUGCUGUUCUGACGCUGCCGGGGGGUUGGGGGACCCUGACCACGGGCGCGCCUGUGGGAACCACCAGACCCCCUCUUGUUGCACUCGGCUCCGGCUUCUCUGUGUCCACGGCAGGCGGGCGGCGGUGGGAGCCUGGGGAGGGCCGGUUGGUGGGGGCUGGGGGUGGGAGGAGCUCCCAGAGCAGGUAAAGCCCCCGUUUCUGGUUUCUGCCAGCACCACUCCCGCGCUUAGUUUGCAGCCCAGACCCCUGGCUUUGCACUGUCCUUCCCCGCUGCCGCUUGCCAUCAGGAAGGAGGAUGCGGCGAGGUUGCUGCCCAGAGAUGCAGGACCACUUAGACGCACGCAGCCCACCCUCCCACCUCCCUGCAGUGCCCUCUCUGCGCUGGGCCCCCGGGGUGCACAGAGGGCGGGAGUGGACGCCCGAGGAGGCUUAACCAGUGGCGGGCACUGGUGGGUUCCGGUGGCUGGGCACCUGGCUCCUGGUAUCCGGGGCCCCACUUCCCUGCUCAGCCUGGGAGGCACGGCCUGGCAUGCAAGCCCCCGUCCCCCGCCCUGGGCCUCCCUGGGGCUGUCGGAAGCGUGGCGGUCGAUUUUUGCAGCCUUCGUGAUGAAUCUGUGUUUAGGGAGGACCUUCAACCCGAAGGCGCACCUUCUGCCGGGGCCCUCCGUGCGCUGCUUUCCUCUUGCAGGCCAUCCCUUAGAUGCCUAAAUGAUAUCUUUAAAGUUAACACAGAAGUUUUUAUUUUGUUAAAGAGUAGAGCCUACUUAAACACAAAGACGACAUAUAUAAAGAGUUUAAUUUUAUGGCCCCGCUGAAAGGGCGCGCCCCAGCCUUAUUCCCCACCUUCGCAUCUGUGUGCUUUCAGGCUGUGUGUGUUCCCUGUCUGUUUCCUCUGUGCAUUUCUCUUUUGCUUUUCGGCCUGUCACACAGGCACCCCGCGAGGCAGACCCCACCCCCCGCCCACACACCCCCCUACCACGGUUUGUAAGGACGCCUAAAGCACGGCCACACUGCGUUUCUCGCUGUCAUUUUCCAAGUCUUGCAGAAAACAUCCUCACCUGAUGGCCAAAGCCCCCGAAUCAAGGGUUCCCACGGUCCCGGAUAACGCUUGCCGCAGCUUGCAGCGCGUCCUCCUCAUCAUGUGGCUGGUGGUAUCCCACUUUGCACCCCCGCCCCGUAAAACACCCCCAAGGAAGGGAAGGCUGGUGUCCGGUCCUGAGACCAGCGACACCCACACCCUCCGGGACGACGGGGUGGGAGAUGCUGCCUAGACCGGCAGAGUAGGCAGGGGCACCUGCCGGCCGUGCGGGUGGGGUGGGGCGCCUGAACGGUGGUGCACCGCUUCGAGGGGCCUAUGAAACACGGCGCAGGUGUCCCCAGAGAGUGGGCCCCGCCUUCGUGCUGCCGCGUCUUCCUCUGCGUCCUGGACGUUCCCAUGUUCAGUCCGCGUGAUUCAGCCCCCUGUAGUCCUGCUGUGCACCUGGCUUCUCACCAGCGCGGCUUGGCCAGGGAGGGGGUUUCUGAGCACCUAGUAUAUGCUUCCCUCCACGUCGUGAGCUGAGCCCAAGCCGCUGGAAACCCCUAUUUUCUCACUAGUGAACGUCUUGUCAGGCCAGGGGGGCCUGGAAAAAAUAAAGGAUGAUGUAUUACAA